CUACAUAGGUGUUUAGUUCGAUUGCAGGUUGGAAGUUGGAGCAACGAAACCAGAAAUAGAAACUGAAAAUACCUCUGUUUUUUUCCCCCUGUAAUGGCGGGUUCGGAGAAUUCGGAGGUUUUUUUCGAAGAAGGAAUGCCGUGGCUGCCUUCUCAGGUUCCCGACGAGGCCGUAGUAUGCCGUAACCAGAACAAGGAUCAUGUGAAACACCAGUACCACCGGAGUGGUCCCAAGUCGCCGGUUGAACACCUUCCGUUGCACUCAAAAUCUAGUAUAAGACCACACCAUAGACCAAAGUAUCCUGCAGGCUGGGCAUCAGGAGGUUCAGGAAUGCAAGCUCUCUUCCUGGAUUCUGGUAAAAGAUCUGGCGGGACUGGGGUUUUUCUUCCACAGAUGAGAGGCUCAAAUUUCCAAUCAAGCAAAAAACCAGUUUGCUCUCCUGUUCUCCUUCCUUCUCGCGUUGUUCAAGCUCUAAACCUCAAUGUUAGUGCAUUAGGCUUGCAGGUUUCUCCUCUGAAAGGUUGUCCAUCUGCAGAUCACAGAAAUAAUUCAAGAGAUGGUGAUUGCAUUCCAGUCAAAAAUAAAAAUGGAAGCAAAGAUGUACAGACAAAAUGCUGCAUCGAUGUUUCCCAGAAUCAAAGUUCUUCCCCGGAGAUAUUUCUACCUAAGGAAUGGACUUACUAACAUAUGAUUUCCCAGAAGGCUGGAAGGUCAUUUGUUGUCCAAAAAGAUUCAUAAAAGCAAAAAGCUCUAGAUUUGUGCCGCUGAUUGUUAUGUUCUCAUGAAAUCUAAAGAAAAUAACAAUGGCACAAAAUCUCCUUGUAAGUUGAUUGUUGUCAAUUUACUUGAAAAAAUAAAAGUUACUUUUAAUG